UGCCACCAUGCCAUGUGGAGUCAGUGCUGUGUCAGUUCUUCCCUGGAUACCUUGUUUCAGGUGGCUUGAACCAUAUGGCUGGGCUUUCCACAUAGGCACUUUGCUAGGUCUGGUUUGGUUUAGAUAAAGGGAACUGAGGUUCUUCAGGGAGGUCUGGCCACAAAUGGAGUUCUCUGUUGCUCCCACAGUGAUGGGUCCCACCACCACAAUGGUUCCAGCUGGGGAGCUUUGAUGACGCCAGCACAUCAUGUACAGCGUGGAAGAUCUCCUGAUUUCUCAUGGAUACAAACCCUCACGAGACCUCUCAAGACCACGCAAGGAUAAUCCCGAGGGGUGCCAGCAAACUGGGACAAGGCCCCAAGCGGGCCAUGGUCUGCUGAACGGAUAUGAGGAUGACCCUACAGCCUUUGCUCACAAUUGUACAUCCCUGGGGAAGGGACUUGUGAGUGACUCAGAGAGCAGCCGCAGCACGCCGAGAGGCCACGGGGAGCGCCAAAGUGCUUCUGCUUCUAAAACUGCUGAGGCGGGUAAGCUUCCUCAACCCACCUUACCAUGGCUCUCACAGCCCCAGAUCAGAACCGACCACACCCACAGGAGAAGAGGACAGGAGGUCACUAGCUUGCUGGGUCUGAGGGACCGGGAAGACGUGGAGGUCAGAGGAAUGGCUCAAGCCCACAGUCUGCCCGUCCACAUGAGGGAGGGUCCAUGGGAAGUUGGAGGAAGGACAGAGCAUGUGAUGAAGAAGGCAGUUUGGGAAGAAGAGCUGAGGAUGUCAGGUCCUGCCAAGUGGCACAACGUAAACCUUGAAAGCUGGAACCAGUCAAGGAAAUUAGGGAGACAGAUGUCUGAGGGUGAUGGAAAGAGACUCUUUCAAGAUCUGUACCCAUUUGUUCAAGGAGAGAAUUUACUGAUUUCUCAGAACAAAAAGAAAUCCCGGUCGUUGCCUCGAGUUCUUUCCCCUGAAAGCCUGGCUUGCAUGGAAAUUCCCAUUCCUUUAAAUGAUGGCCAUUUACCAGGUGUCCCUAAAAUGCCACUAUAUCCUCCAAAUUGUGCACCAUAUGUGGAAGCCACAAGGAACCCUGAGAAGGCUGCAUUUCCCCGGCCGAAGUUCGGGAGACCUGUCAAGCCUCCUUCUUAUGGCUCUCACCAUCUGUCCAGGGGAGGGGAAAAUAGUGACUCAGGAAGCCAGCACACAGACCGACAAGGGUCCUAUCUGACAAAAAGUAAUGACUCCAGGCAUGAGCGUGUAGUGUCAGACUCUGGCUUGGAGCCUCCAGUUUAUGUGCCUCCACCCUCAUACAGGUCGCCCCCCCAGCACAUCCCAAACCCCUACCUGGAAGAUCCAGUGCCCAGACAUGUGAGUGGCAACCAUAGUCAGCAGCAGCACCUGACUGAGGAGGUGGAAUCAGGGUGUCCACUUCCUUCUGGCCCAGUUGGAACUGGGAACGAAUACAGUGCAAGCCUACGAUCUCCUCAAGGGGCUCCCCGAUACUCCCACCCCAUCACUGCCUAUGAAGGCUCUGUUCAGUACAUCCCCUUUGAUGAUCCUCGGAUACGACACAUUAAACUAGCUCAGCCCCCAGGGUUCUGUGAAGAAACGAAGCAUGAUGACAGGCCAUAUAAUUCUUCUCCUGUCACUGCCCAAGAGUCAGCUCAUGGGAAAAUGAGACUUGAUGAUGCCCUUCGACAUCCACAGGGCCUGAUACCCACAUCAGGUGCCGAGCAGGGCCUGGCUUCUGCUGACCCCAGUCCUCGGUGGCUUUGGAGCCAGCUCCCCACAGACGGAGAAAAUGGAGUCUUCCUUGACCAAAGAGACCACUGUGUCAUGAGAGGACCACAGGCUGACAGGAGAGGUGACCAGCACGGACACCCAGGGGCCCAAGCUCCCUCCCCACACCCACAGGGCCAGAGUACCUGUGAAAGCCAAACAAAGCUCAGAAAGUUUGAAACUGGGAUUCAGACCAAGAAAAGUUCCAAGAAAAAAGUGAACGAGACCAUAUUUUGUUUGGUUUCCAUCCCAGUUAAGUCAGAAGCACAUCUGCCAGGUAUAGAUAGGAAUAACAAUGACCUAAAACCGAGUGGUGCGAGAAAGCCUGGGCUUGAUAAGGGCAUAGCUCUGCAAGAACAAAGUCUGUUGAGCAUGUCUUCCACUGACCUGGAGCUGCAGGCUCUCACAGGAAACAUGGCAUUCCCAAAACAAGAUCUGGGGGAACCGGAGGAAGACAAGCAAACAAAUGACCUCAGAUUCACCCACCUUGCAAAACACAGAGAACUCAAGUAUUCUGGCUCGUGGCCAGGCCACCUGUACAGGGACCAGCAAACCCAAACCAGUUUCCCUGAAGAAUCCAAAAGCCCGCAACACCUCCCGGCUGCAAAGCCAGAAGGGCCCAGGAACGUAGCACUGACCCCAAAAUGUUUAGACCCCACUGCCUCUGAAGCUCCCCUCCACCCAACAUUAGCAGACAGUGACCAAACACAGAAGCCAGAAGCUCCUAACCUCAGGGGUCAAAUGUCCCUCAGCCCAUCCAGCAAUAGCGCUUUUUCUAGGACUUCCUCAUCUAGAAAUCAGGCAUCUGUACCAAAAGCGGGCUCAGGUCAGCCCUGCCUAGAUGGGGACCACUCUCCACCCAAGCCGGAGGUGGUGAAAGGAGAGCCUACAGCUGGGCCAUGCAAUAGCAAACAACUAUUUGGUCAGUUUCUCCUGAAACCGGUUAGUCGUCGGCCCUGGGAUCUGAUAAGCCAGUUAGAAAGUUUCAACAAGGAGCUUCAAGAAGAGGAAGAAAGCCAUAAUAGUAGCAGCAGCAGCAGCAGCAGCAGCAGCAGCAGUGAGGAUAGUGAGACAGAUCAGCAGCCUGAAGACUGGGCUGACUGUAGACCAAGGCCCCGGGGCUACCAUGAAAGCAGCCAGGAAAGGAGAACCGAGCAGCAGCCAAGGGUGUCAGCGCCAGAGGACCCUGGGUUUCAGGUGGGAAGAGUUAAAAGUAAGUCUGAGAGCUGGAGUGAGGAGCCAAAGCCUUGCCAGCAUGAUGGUCCUCUGUCCCCUGGUGCCUCGCAGGUGAAAGACAGCAGAGGUGACCCCUUCCAGUGGGUAACUGAAAGUGUGAUGGCAGAGCAGCAGCAGCGGAAGCAGGAGGUUGUGAAUGGGAUGUAUGAGCUAGUGGUCAGUCCAGGUCCUGUGAAAAGAACCAUGGCCACAAAACCAGCAACUCCAUCCUCUCUGGCUGAACCAAGGGAGCCCCUGGAAAGCUGGGAAUUCACUGAACUCACAGAAGCUUUAGGCUCUGUGCCACUGAGCAGAGUGGUCCCUCUGGAGGUGGAUAGUGGUGAAGAGAUGGGCACAGUGGUCGCACUGUCGCUUACUAACAAAACCCGAGGCCUCUCAGCACCAGACCUGCGCUCUGUGGGGCUCACAACAGGACACAAGCAGAAUGUCACUGAGCUCGAGGAGGCUUUGGGAGGAAGGAAUGCAAUGGAAAUCCCCCCAAGCGAGUCCCUGCAGGCGAGGGCCGAGAGGAUCCUGGGCAUUGAGGUGGCUGUGGAGUCCCUCCUGCGUGCCAAGAAAGCAGGACAGAGCCAACCACCUGAGCCUGAUGCAAAUGCCUGCAGCCCUGAGUCACUCAUGGAACAGUCACUGCCUAGCCCAGAACCAUCAGGUAUUCCCCCAGUGACCACUGAUGCCUUCUAUAGCAGGAGAAAGUGCGGCUGGACCCAAAGCCCCCUGUUUGUAGGGGAAAGGGCACCCCAGACUUCUGAGCCCUCAGAUGUGGAUAGGGUCCCUGCCAAGCAAGCUACGAGCCCUGAGCCUCAGCCCAGACCCAGAGAGGCCAGGUCCUUUGAGGAAAAGGAUGUGGGGGCAAAGCCACCCUUCAGGUCCACUUUAUUCCAUUUUAUAGAAAGGACCUCAAGUGUGGCAGGCUCAGAAAAAAGGUUCCGAAGCCCUUCCAAAGUGAUUGAGAGUUUACAAGAGAGGCUGGCAGCCCCUCCGAGGAGGGCGGACUCUGACCGCGUGAUGAGAAUGAAGGAGGUGAGCUCUGUGUCUCGGAUGAGGUGUCUGAGCUCCAGGAACACAGACUCCAAGGAGGAAGGUGAGGACCGGAAGGCUGUGAGAGGCCAGGCCUGGCCCCCAGGAGGCCCUGUGUCUCUGAGCAGUGGUGAUCCUCCCUGGAGAGUGGGGCAUUCACCCUCCAUAUCCAAGGGCUUCACCUCUCGAGAAGAAAACGGGCAUCCUGCAGCACAAAGGGAGAAGAACUGGGAUCCAGAUUUCUGGUGCCCAGAUUCAUAUGACCCAAGCAGAGUGGAGAGGGUGUGAUGAAGCCUGGCUGGGACUGCUCUCACUCAUAGCAUAUUCUCUCAUCUAGUCAUUCCGCCCAUCCUGCUCCAGCAGAAGGGGGAAACUGCUGGGUUUUAGCAUGCUGAUUCCCCACUUACCACGGUCGGUAGGAAGGCUCCUCUCUGUACAGAAUUGCUUGUGGAGAUAAACAAUAGUCCAUUGAAACCAUCUGUUUUUAUAGCAUGAGGAUCUAAUACCUAUAUUUAGGAAAGAGUUUUCACAUAAACUCUCCUUACCGAUGGAUUUGGCCAAGUUCACAAAUAGUUUGGUGUUAAUCUGGUUCUGUGGGAGAUGUAAUGAAAGGUUUUGAAAAGACCAUGAGCGUUGCCAGCUCCCCUUCGCACAUCCAUGGCCUGCCAUUGGAGGUCAUACUGAGGAGUUUGGGAUUAGGCUUUUUUCCUUGUUUGGGCACUUUCAGUUCAUAGGAAAUGUGAAUGAAAAUACACAGUUCAUCUCUUAUCAAUUUGGCUUUCUGCUGCUGGAAGUAGCUUUACUAAUAAGUAACUUACCAUCAGACAAUAAAAGCAAUAUCUUAAGUUCCUAAAAGGUAACACUCUACUGUAAUAUACUAAGGAGUAUUAUUUAUCGGGCAACAUUGAAAUUCUUCGAUUGUUUGCAAACUUGCCAUUGUCUGCUUUGCACCCAGUAUUCUCUAUUUUUAUUUUCUGUGUGGAUGUUUAGAAAUUCUUUAUAUAAAAAGUAAUUACUGGUUUAAAAUAGACCAUUUUAACAAAGUAACUUUAUUUCUUUUUACAAAAUUGCUAUUUUUCUAUGAUGUAAACAGUCAUUAGGUGGCAGAUUUUUAAGGAAGUGUUAUUUUAUUUAAGAUUCUAGCCCUUUAUGUGAGAGGAACCCACAGAGGGUCUGCUUUUGCUUUAAAGCAAAUACCCCUGCCUCAUUCUCAACUCUGAUACUUUUAUUUCACUUUCGAAAGUGUCGAUGUAGAGCUAUCACAGGGUUAAUCAAUUUUUCUACAAAUACAGUUGUAAGGUUAUAUUUGAAAACAGCACUCUUAAAAUCAUCUAACAUCCUUAAGAUAAUUUUUGCUGCCAUAUCAUCUAGAAUUACCAAAAAGCAUAGUUUCAAUUUUUGUCUCUGGGGAUCUUCCCUGAGAUCAAACUUCCCUCUCUUCACCUGCCCUGCCCCUUUGAAGAAAUACAUAUUUUUAUCUAGAAUGAGCCUGAAUUAAUCUUGCAUAUUUUUUAAAAAGUGCUUGGAGAAUUAUAUACUUGGCAUUAUAUAUAUUUAUGUGUAUUUAUGCCAUUAUAAAAGUAUUAUGAGGUCUGUGUAUUCGACUGUGUUUAGUAUUGCAUUAAGCUGCACAACGUUUUUGCAUUUUUAUGCAUUUGUCCCUUUCUAAGUAAGGUAUUCACGUUAGUUAAUAUUUUCUAAACUGCUUCUUGUCUCCUUCCUUUUCUUCAUUCCCUUUCUUUCUUACCUUCUUUCCCCUUUUGUUUUUCCUUCUCUUACUUUAUUAAUUUUUCUUGUGAAAUCACCAUAUCUAUUUUUCAACAUUUCAACAGUCGGCUGGUCUGUCCUUUGACCCUAAACUGACUUGACUGGGCUUUCACAGUCUGUUCUUAUCUGCACCAUGUGAUUUUAUUUCAGAAGAACCUGAUGGAUUUGGACUGUAAACAGACAAAACAGAACCUAAGUAAUCCUGACAGAUCUCCUUGAGUACACUUACCUGCAGUCUUGGUUCCCACUUGUUCCUCAAGGCAGUCUCUUUCCAAAACUCGGCUCUUAGGAAAAGUUGUAGUAGGCUCUGAUUUUCACAACAGCAGGAAGAUGAACCAUGUCUCUUUCCAGGAAAAGUUUGGUGGGGAAGAGGUCAGUCGCUCUGGCUGGGGGAACAUGCAAGUGAUCAGAAGGCUAAAAGAAGCUGAGCCACCUCCCUCUUUAGAAGCAAAUGAAAGAAACUAUGUGUAUAUAUACAUAUAUUAGCUUUGUUUGGACUUCCUCUUAAGUAUUUUGAUACCAUCUAAAGACUUAUUUUAACCAAAUGAAUUAAAUUUUAGCUUAUUCUGCAAGAGAAAGAUCUGCAAGAAAAAAAAGUUGUUCCUUAUGUAUAUCUCAAAUAAUCCAAAAUAUGAUGCUUUUCUAUUCUGUUUUAUUCUAAAUCAUAUCAUCUUUCUGGAACAAUCCUGAAUUUAAUCAAAAUUAUUAAUAUUUAUACUUUAACCUUAAUUUUUGUUGAUUGAAUCUUUCGAGGGGAAAAGACUGACUUUAAAAUCAGUAACUUGAAAAUUCGACUUUUAAACUUUCAUUUUCUAAGGUAAAUAAUAGUCUCUAGUUAAAAAUAGCCUUUUUUUGUGUGUGUUCGUCACUGUUUUUUCUUAUACAUAUGAUUUUCUUUGGUAUUUAAUAAUUUGUAGCUUAUAAAAUUAAAAGUUUUAUUUUGACCAUUUAGACUAAAAAUUGUAUGAGGAAGUACAUGUGAAAUAUGUUUGUCUUUCUGAUUGUGUAAAAAGAGAUGAAAGUGGUGGUAAUUUGGCUUCAGUUGCCUUUCUUUGAAAAAGAAUCUCGGAAUGAUCAAAAGGCAACCAUGUGUAUUACCCCUUUCAACUUACCGUUUCACAAAUCCCAGAAAACUCUUUCCUGAAGGUGAAGCCAGCCCGAUUGGAUCUUCAGAAUUUCUUCCAUGUUGAUUAUAACUAUUUGGAUUUCUUUCUGAAAAUAUCCUAAAAGAUGGAUCUAUCCUUUGAUACCCUGGUCUCCCUGAUGAAAUUGUAGGUCUAGGUUUUGAUUCACACAGGAAUUCUAAGUAGAACUUUCUCUGUUCCACUUGGCUGUUGGCAAAGGGCUAUCAUUCAUGAAAGUUCAAGUGUCUAAACUCAAAUGACUCUGAAACUGGACUCUGACCAUCUUUGCAGCAGCAGAAUGACUUACUCUGGCACCAUCUUGGCUUAGGGCUCCUAAGGAAAGUGAACAGAGCUGAUCUACUGCCACCAAUGGACAUUGACACUAACCUACUAUUUCAUCCCCAAAGAUGAAGUUUGCCUAUUUGGUUUUAUUUUUGUUUGUUUGUUUAAAAUGAUUAAAUAAUACACUAUUAAGUGUCAGGUUAACAUCUCUCUCAGAGUGACCAGCGCAGCAGAAUUCUCUGUCUAUAAAUACUUGAGCUUAGAGAAGAAGCACUUGCGAUUUCCAAAGUUCUGAGAAACAGUUAUGCUAGUGUUUGUGAGCAUUGUUCUGCCACAUUCAACUGUGCAGGGGAGACCAUGCUGAAGCAGAGGGGUGAGGGGUGGGAGCAUGUUUCUGGAGCUGAAGCUGUUGCUGCCCUGGGGAGGUUGUGUGUUAUCUUUUAUGCUUUGUUUUUUACUGUGAUCUGUAUGUGCAUCUGUGGGAGGAGAGUUACUACCCAGGACAGGAUUUAAGAGACACAUUCCAAAUGACCUUUAAGAGUCAGGAUGGUGGGAGGUCCUUUUCUAGGAGUGUGAGUUGGUCCACUCUGGGACCAAUCAGGCAGAAAAGGGGGAGAUGAUAAAAUGCCAUUAAAGGAAGAAUGGUGCUCAGCUCAGCCUCUAUGUUUUGUUGAAAAGAAAAGGAAGGGAGUGGUUGAGACUAUAAAUCCAGACUGAGGCCUCUUGAAAGGUCCCUGUGGUCUAGCAACCUGCCCCUUAAAACAGUCCUUGGGUUCAUCCACAGUGUGGGGAGGCCUGCACAGCUCCUGCACAUUCCUGACCUUGAUUUUGGAAAGCACCUGUCACAAUUGAGUUCAUUAAUACAGAAGGUCCGGGGUGGGAGGGUGCUUUUUCUGUGGUCUCUGUCCACUGACUGAACUCAAAGGCAAGCUGGGAUCAUCUGGCCAUUUGUUCUGAAAGCUUGACUAGGGGUGAAACAGAAACCUUGUCCAUGCAGAAGUCUGGCACUGCACAGACAUGCAGCCACACCAAAGGAGCAAUGAAAUGCUUACUUAUUCUACCUCCCUGUACCUAUGUCCCACAGCAGAGCCUAGAUGUGUGACACUCACUGUCACAGAGCAAGAGGGAGAUGAAGACAAGUUCGGGGUGAGAAGCAGAAAUUAGAAAUGAAAACCAUGUGUCAGAGCCAGAAGAAAGGUAGUAACCCCAAGAUUAUAUCAAAAUCAAUGACAAAAUCAAGCUAAGCAGAAGUGGCACAUACACAAAAAAAAAGCCAGGCAUAGUGGUACCUGACUGUAAUUCCAGCUACUCAGGAGGCAGAUGCAGGAGGAUCAUGAGUUCAAAGCCAGCCCAG